AUGGAGCCUGUUCCUGUUCCUUCAUCCACGGAUCAGCCAACCCCUACUGAGCCAGUCCCAACUUCAACUAUCCCCACACCCACCGCUUCUCCGACAGUGGUCCCAACCGGCAUGCCGACCAUGCCACCCACGACACCUGGCAACUCCUCAAUUCCUUAUGGCCAAGUACUCUCGAACUGCACUGUUCCUGGCACCAUAGCUAUCAGCUUUGACGACGGUCCGUUCGACUAUACCAACGAGCUUUUGGAUAUCCUCGAGAAGAAUGGCGCUAAGGGGACAUUCUUCGUCAACGCGAUGAACUUUGGCAGCAUUCAGGACUACGCUGCCGUGAUGCUCCGUGCUUUCAAUGGGGGCCAUCAGCUUGGAUCACACACGUAUUCUCAUGCGGAUCUAUCCAUGCUCAACCGUACCGGAAUCAUCACCGAAAUGACAAAACUCGAAAACGUCCUCUCCCCCCUUAUCAAUGGCUAUAAACCAACCUACAUGCGUGCACCCUACUUCGCGUACAGCGACGUUGUCUUGAAGACCAUGGCCGAACUCCAAUAUCACAUGCUCGACGCGAACGUCGACACCAAGGACUAUGAGAACGCCACACCUCAAGGCGUACCAAUCAGCUUUAAAAACUUCCAGACUGGAUUGGAUGCCGGUGGAUCAAUUGUAUUGUGCCAUGAUGUCCAUCAGACGACGGUUCAGAUUCUGAUGCAGCAACUGUUGGAUGAGGUGAAGAAGAGAGGCUUGAAGGCGGUUACCAUUGGAGAGUGCUUGGGAGACCCACAAGAAAACUGGUACCGGAAGUAA